AUUACAAUUGAGUGGGUUGUAACCCUUCCACAACUAUACGUAGCUCCGCCACUAAUUCAAAUAAUCCAAAUACAAAUGAUCAGAAUGAUGUUAACACCUAACCCGAACAAUCUUUUUUUGUUAGCCUUGUUUGUGUGUAGUCUUACUAUUGGGUUAAUCCCCACUCUAUACACUACUAGUAAAGAAACAUGGAUCAUGGAUGUAUUAGUUACGAAAACAUAAUACAAGGACUAAAAAUGCUAUUCAUAAUUCAUCCAUAAUAUACAAUUAAGCAGUGGGCAUGGGCCCACUUGGAAACGCAGAGUAUCUCUUCUUUUGUGGCGACCAGCCAAUGCGACUUUUGGAUGUGGGCUUCCAGCCCGUCAUCAGUGGGCCCCAGCCUUUUGCUUUUCGCCAUAAAGACCGGACUGGCGGCAACAUUCAUUCAUUAAUAAUAAUAAUCACGUAAUUAGUCGUAUAAUCAAGAAAAUUACCAUUUACCGCCAUAGAAACAUGGCGUCGCCAAACAGUAAACGAAGUUAAUAAACAAAACUGGAAUUCCAGCGCAGGCAGCCAUUCCUCAAACAAACUUGGAGAGGAGCUUCCUCGAUCGAUUCCCUAAUAUUCAAAACCCUUCUCCCUCUCUCUCUCUCUCUCUCUCUCUCUCUCCCCAUUUUCUCUUACAAAAGCCCCAUAUCUGAUAUCUCUGUCUUUCACCAAUUCUCAGGGAAUCUCUCUCUCUAUCCCUUUUCUCUGAAUCGUCACAGCUACUACCCGAUUCGGAAGAGAUCAGGUUUCAUCCGGUUUCUUCCCCUAUUGCCGUCCGCCCCAAUUUCGGAUUCUCUCAGGUGCGUUGUUUCUUUACCAUUUCUUUCGUUUCCGUUUGCUGGGCGUAGGCAAAGUUGCGAGCUUUAUUGUUUUAGGAAAACAAAGGGAGGAAGGAAAAUGGUGUAUUCAUUUCGUUGUUUGAUGUGUCCAUAUCGUGCAUUUUUUGAAGCUUUUUGGCAAUUGGGUAUGUUUUGAUUCUAUGGUAUUUCGUAUUGAAUUUGAGCUACCCGAUUGAUGAAAACCAUAACCUUUUUAGCUUUUCAUUUCCCCCCCUCAGUGCGAGGGAAUCGUCUUUUUGUAUCAUUAUGCGUUCGUGGGCGAGUUUUUGAGGAAUUCUGAUUCUGAUUCCAAGUUACUGGAAUAAACCGAGCAAUAAUUCAACCCAUUUGUCUGGUCUUAUAUUAGUCUGUGGUCAUCAUUUUCUGGAGUAGUUGGUAAGCUUGCUUUUCUUGCUUUCUUUCUUCUUUCAGGAGGGCCUUUGUAAAUUGUACCUCAUUCUUGGCCUAAAUCUGGGGGAACUUAAGAGAAAAGAAGGAUGAGAAGAAGUGUUCGAUCGAUACGCCACUUAGCUUCUGCUUUUCAAGAAUGCAGUAGUGCAUCGGCUAGAUUGGUUGGUGGAAGAAGGCACAUGAUUUUGAUACAGGCCAACUCUGCCUCUCUGCAUACAUUACUCACUAACACAGACAUUAAUAGAUUUCUUUCAGACCCUAAUAAAUUCGUCAGCUUUAGAGCUUUGUCUACUGAUGCUGUUGAACGAGUUCCUAAUUCAGAUGGCCACAAGGCAGGGCCGCUUGUGGAAUAUGAAAGAAGGAUUGCCGCUGGAGAACUUAUGGAUGGCGAUAGCUGUCAGUUAGGAACAUUGACAGAACUGCAAAGGCUCUUUGAUGAGAUUGUUGAGUCGGCUGAUGCCUGCAAGUUGGAUCGAUAUUCUACUUCUGAUAAAUCGGGAAGGAGCCGGUGGUUAUGGUCACGCUUCAUUCCACAGUCGACAUAUUCGCCUGUGAAAGGACUCUAUCUUUAUGGAGGUGUAGGCACUGGGAAGACCAUGCUGAUGGAUUUGUUCUAUGAUCAAUUGCCUUGCAGUUGGAGGAAAAAGAGGAUCCAUUUCCAUGACUUUAUGCUCAAUGUCCAUAGUCGCUUGCAAAGACACAAAGGUGUGUCAGAUCCACUUGAAGUAGUUGCAGGGGAGAUCUCUGACGAGGCAGUUUUGUUAUGUUUAGACGAGUUCAUGGUGACUGAUGUAGCUGAUGCAUUGAUACUGAAUCGCCUCUUCGGACAUCUAUUCAGCAAUGGUGUUAUUCUUGUUGCCACUUCAAAUCGUAACCCUGAUAAGCUCUACGAAGGUGGACUACAAAGGGAUCUAUUUUUGCCCUUCAUCCAAACUCUGAAGGACAGAUGUGUGGCUCAUGAAAUUGGCUCAUCAGUAGACUACCGAAAAUUGGGCUCGGCUGAGCAAGGAUUCUACUUCGUCGGCAAAGAUAUAUCCAGCCUCCUAAAGAAGAAGUUUCAGGAAUUGGUUGGUGAACACAAAGUUGGGCCCGAAGAGGUGGAAGUAGUGAUGGGAAGAACACUGCAGGUUCCACUCGCUGCUGAUGGAUGUGCAUACUUUCAGUUUGAGGAACUCUGCGAUAGACCUCUUGGAGCUGCAGACUACUUUGGAUUGUUCAAGAAUUUCCAUACACUUGCACUAGAAGGUAUCCCAAUCUUAGGACUCAACAACAGGACCGCAGCAUAUCGGUUCGUCACAUUAGUCGAUGUUAUGUAUGAAAACCGGGGGAGACUGUUAUGCACAGCAGAGGGAACUCCAUUGGAGCUCUUCCAAAAGAUAGUUACGAUAUCUGAUGCCAAACAAAUGGCCCCUAGAACCUCUACCCGAUCAAGGAGGAGCGACGAGGCUGAUCUCUGUGUUGAUAAUGAACUCGGGUUCGCCAAAGAUCGAACCAUAAGCAGGUUGACUGAGAUGAACAGCAAGGAGUAUUUGGAACACCAUGCUACCAUGAUAGAGGAGAAGCAGCAGCAGCUAUCACAAGAAGCUGCAUAAGUACAGCUAUGAGGUUAAGAUGAUGGCGAAAAAAGGCGGUUCGUUUGUAUACAAAAUACACAUAAAAUACUGCCCUUGUUGGAGCUCUGAUGUUAUUCGUUUAGAUGAAUAAUGAGCGCAUGUAUCAACUUACAUCAGCUGUAAAUUAACAAUUGUAGCAUAUCAGAUUGAUUGUGAUAAAACCCUUGUUCCUCACCUGGCUGCUGUAUUUUUUUUUUGUAGGAAUUAAGACGCCAAUGGCGUCUUAAUUCGUAUUAAUUAAACGUUCGUGGGCGAUGCCCAUUACAUAAAAAAAAAACCAGUGGCUAAGCCCCAGAUCAGAAAUAUCAAAAUGAUAGGCUCCAAAAUGAAGGCCAUGGCCUUUGUGAGCUAAAAAAUCAGCAACGUUGUUGCGCUCCCUAAAAACAUGGGAAAUCUGUACAUUCCAAUCCAAAGACAGAAGUUUGUUGAUCUCGAGUGUGAGAAUACCAUGUCUGUGGGUUACAUCAUCCUUAUGCUUGAUGAGGUAGACUGUUGUGCUAUCAUGCUUCUUAAUUCUUAUGGAACGGGAACAAGACUAAUGACUGUCAAUCUGGCAAAUUGGCUCCAUAAAUAGGAUGAGGUGUU